AUGGAUUCUAUUCAGAGAGAAAAAUUCGCCUCACUCUCAAACUCUGUGAACCUGUUGUUAGAGUCCAUAUUUUCUGAUGAGCAAGAGGAUUACAUCUGGAGCAAGAAAGCUGACCUUCCACUCUUGGAGAAAACACUGGUGGAUCUUCAAUAUCUACUUCGUUAUGCUAAGAACAAACUCAUCCUCAGUCAAGCUAUCAACAAUUCGCUGGAUAUGCUGAGACGUGCUGUUUUUCAAGUUUCCAAUUUGCUUCACGAAAACCAAAUUUCAGGGUAUGAUGCCGCACUUACUCCUAACCAGCUCAAAAAUAAUUCUCGUUUAAGUUUUUUCACUGCACUGAUUAAGUCUAAAACGGAUAAUUUAAAUCAAAUAUUUCAUGGCUUAAGUUCAGUUGGUGAUGAUGAUUCUUCUAUUUAUGGAAGAGACUAUGAUAUUCAGAAACUGAAACAUCUUUUGUUGUCUAAUAGUAGUGAUGGUGAUGGUAAAAUUAGAGUUAUUUCCAUUGUUGGUAUGGGAGGGAUUGGUAAAACAGCCCUUGCUAAACUCCUUUACAAUCUUCCUCAAGUUAAGGCCAAAUUUGAGUUAAAAUUGUGGGCAGAUUUCUCAAAUGAUGUUGAUGAUUUGAGUAUUUUUGAAAACAUUCUUAGAUCUAUUACUUCACAAACAAAGAGUAAUACUACAAGUGACAUCAACACCGUCUACCCAAAUUUUUUGCUGGUAUUAGAUGGUGUGUGGGAUGCAAGAUUUAUCAAUUGGACAUUACUCAUGGAUCUCUUUAAUGCUAGGGAAACAGGAAGUAGGGUCAUCAUCACAACACGAGAUGACAGAGUUGCAAUGUCCAUGCAAACAUUUGUUUCUGUUCACUAUAUGAGACCCUUGAAAGUUGAAGAUUGCUUGUCUUUACUUGCCAAACACGCAUUUAAAGAGCAUUACUACCACGGACGAAGAUUCUAUCUAGAAGUAAUUGACAGAUUAAAAAAAGGAAUGCAAGUAGAAUUUUGUAGAAGAAUGGCAAAAAAGUGUGAAGGAUUACCAUUAGCUGCUGUAGAACAUGGGGAUAUUCUUUGUAUCUCAUUCGACGCAGAUGUUUGUAAUUAUGUGCAAGAAAGCCACGCUCGGGAAACAGCUUAUGAGGUGCUAGCUUCUCUCAAAUUGAGCUACAAUUUUCUUUCUGAUCCUUUAAAACAGUGUUUUCAAUAUUGUUCAAUUUUUCCAAAGAAGUCCAUCUUAGAAAAAAAGAUGGUAGUUCAGUUGUGGAUUGCAGCGGGUUUACUAGAAUCAUCAUCCACAAAUCAAGAAAAAGUUGGAGAAGAAUACUUUGAUGAACUAGUUUCAAGGUCAUUGAUACAUCGGCGAUCUAAUGGUGUUGAGGAAAGAAACUUUGGAAUGCACAACUUCAUCCAUGAUUUAGCUACAGAGGUUUCUUCUCCAGAGGUUUCUUCUUCAUACCAUAUCAAUAUGCACAGACAUAACCUAGAUGAUAGGAUGCAAAAUUUCUCAUACAAUAGAGGGACAUAUGAUUCAUAUGACAAAUUUGAUAAAUUAUACAGAGUAAAAGGUCUGCGUACCUUUCUAGCAUUCCCAUUACAAGAACAGUUGCCUCUUGGUUUGCUAUCAAACAAGGUAGUGCAUGACUUGCUGCCAACAAUGAAACAAUUACGCAUGCUGUCUCUGUCCAGCUACAAGAGUAUUGUUAGAAAAUUGGUAUGA